CCGAGGACAAGGCCACCGGCGGGGCGGGACCAGGGCGCUCUCGCUCGCCCCCGGACGGAGCCCGGCCCCCAACCCCGCGGAUUCCCCGAGUGGGGCCCCGGGCCGGACCGUCGCCUAGCAACGUGCAGCCCCGCCCCGUGGCGGCGGCUCCCAGCAUGGCCUGGCGGGGCUGGCCCGAGCCGGGGCUGUGGGUCGCCGGCGGCGCGCUGCUGCUCCUCGCUUUGGUCUUGCUCGUGAGUCCCCGCAGCUGCCGAGCGCGGCGGGGCCUCCGCGGCCUGCUCAUGACGCGCAGCCAGCGGCUGCUCUUCCGAAUCGGGUACAGCCUGUACACCCGCACCUGGCUCGGGUACCUCUUUUACCGGCAGCAGCUACGCAGGGCUCGGAACCGAUACCCGAAAGGCCAUUCCAAAACGCAGCCCCGCCUCUUCAACGGAGUGAAGGUACUUCCCAUCCCCGUCCUGUCGGACAACUACAGCUACCUCAUCAUCGACACCCAGGCCCGGCUGGCUGUGGCUGUGGACCCUUCAGACCCUCGCGCCGUGCAGGCUUCCAUUGAGAAGGAGGGUGUCACCUUGGUUGCCAUUCUCUGCACCCACAAGCAUUGGGACCACAGUGGAGGGAAUCGCGACCUCAGCCGAUGGCAUCGGGACUGUCGUGUGUACGGGAGCCCCGAGGACGGCAUUCCCUACCUCACCCAUCCCCUGUGUCAUCAAGAUGUGGUCAGCGUGGGGCGACUGCAGAUCCAGGCCCUGGCCACCCCAGGCCACACCCAAGGCCAUCUGGUCUACCUGCUGGAUGGGGAGCCCUACAAAGGUCCUUCGUGCCUCUUUUCAGGGGACCUGCUCUUCCUGUCUGGCUGUGGACGGACGUUUGAGGGCACCGCGGAGACCAUGCUGAGCUCUCUGGACACUGUGCUGGGCCUGGAGGACGAUACCCUGCUGUGGCCCGGUCACGAGUAUGCCGAGGAGAACCUGGGCUUUGCAGGCGUGGUGGAGCCAGAGAACUUGGCCCGUGAGAGGAAGCUGCAAUGGGUGCAGAGGCAGCGGCUGGAGCGCAGGAGCACGUGCCCAUCCACCCUGGGAGAGGAGCGCUCCUACAACCCGUUCCUGCGGACCCACUGCCUGGCACUGCAGGAGGCCCUGGGGCCUGGCCCUGGCACCACCGGGGACGACACUGGCUGCUCCCGAGCCCAGCUCCUGGAGGAGCUGCGCCGGCUGAAAGACAUGCACAAGAGCAAGUGACAGCCCACCCCCUGACCCCCC